GUUGUAACAGUUGUUGUAACUGCAUUUUAUUAUUUAACAAUUAAUAAUAAUCACAUGCGCAUGCCUUGUGUAUGUGAUGCCAAAAGUUGAAAUAUAAUAAAGUCGGAUAGUUGGCAAUCGCUGUGCAGAGAAAUGCAAGUGUACGCAGUUAGUGUAUUUAUUUGUAUUUGUAUUGGUGCAAAUAUAAAUUGCAAAUUGUUGUAAAUUCCGUCUGUGUGCGUGUAUGAUAAGUGCAACACGCAAAUAAAGAACUGGGAGAGCAUAGGACGAAUAAUACAAGACAAGCAGCAACUCUAAAGGUGCAUGCCAAAAAUGGACAACGAGCAGCCACAUCAGGAGCUGGUCAAGUGCGUGCUGGUUGGAGACACUGCCGUGGGAAAGACGCGCCUGAUCUGCGCGAGGGCUUGCAACAAGCAUGUGUCGCUAUCGCAGCUGCUAUCCACGCACGUGCCGACCGUGUGGGCGAUCGAUCAGUAUCGCAUUUACAAAGACGUUCUAGAACGGUCUUGGGAGGUUGUGGACGGUGUCAAUGUCUCCUUGCGUUUGUGGGACACCUUCGGGGAUCAUGACAAGGAUCGUCGCUUUGCCUACGGCAGAUCUGAUGUAGUACUCUUGUGUUUCUCCAUUGCGAGCCCGAUCUCGUUGCGCAAUUGCAAAGUAAUGUGGUAUCCGGAAAUACGUCGUUUCUGUCCAGAUGUGCCCGUCGUGCUAGUUGGCUGCAAAAAUGACCUGCGUUAUAUGUACCGCGAUGAGAACUAUUUGUCAUACUUUGGCGAAAAGGGCACCUUUGUACGAGCCGCCUUGAAGAGUGAUUUGGUCAUGCCGGAUGAAGCGCGCGCCGUUGCAAAGGAACUGGGCGUUAGCUAUUAUGAGACCAGCGUAUUUACGUACUUUGGCGUCAACGAGGUGUUUGAGAAUGCGAUUCGAUCUUCGCUUAUUGCGCGUCGACAGCAGCGCUUUUGGAUGACAAACCUGAAAAAGGUGCAAAAGCCCUUGUUGCAGGCACCAUUCCGACCACCCAAGCCACCACCACCCGAGGUUACCGUCAUGGUCGGCCAUUAUCGCCAGGAUAUCUACAAUAUGUUUCUUUCGCAAGCCUAUGCCGACCUUGUUCUGGUGGUCGGCGGAACCAAGUUUGCGGUGCACAGAUUUAUGCUUGCCGCGGCAUCUGGCAUUUUCCAACGCAUCCUCAGCACCGAGUUGACAGACAUGGGCGGCCGCAGCAGCAGUGAGUCGAGCAUGGUCAGCUCAACGUUUGGAGAGGCGACCAUAGCCGACUUUAACGACGACACAGAAUAUCUCAUACGCUACGAAUCACGCACACAACGCAUGUGGGAACAUUUAAAGCGACGCUCUAGCUAUCAAGCAUUACCAUUGGUGGAGUCAAAACGCUCCGGUGAUUUACAUAAGGAGCUGCACCAUCCAGUGCUGCAGAGCCUACGCCUAGUGCAAAUGGAGAACCAACGCGGCGUCAGCUCUAUUCAAACGAUUGUUACUCUCAGCAAACUUGUCUCGCCCCAGGCCCUGCACCAAUGCCUAAGAUUCAUUUAUACAGGCACCAUUGACAAGGAUUGCACUAAUCUGCAGGAAAUAAGAGAAGCUGCCGAUUUAUUAGAACUGCCGCAAUUAACCGUGUUACUUUCCAAGCCACAAAGCGUCAUCGAGAGUCCCAGUGAUGAACCUAAUCCCCACAUUUGUCUUCGCAUAAAGGAGAGCAUGGAAAGGCAUUGCAUUGGAGACGGCUGCUUCAGCGAUGUUACCUUUGAGCUGGACGACGGUUUGAUGAAGGCACAUCGAGCUGUUUUGGUGGGUCGCUGCGAUGUUAUGCGCGCCAUGCUCCUGGGCGACUUUCGCGAGGCACAUUCUAAUGUGAUUGUUUUCCCUGGCGUUACUAUUUAUACAUUCCAUAAGCUGCUGUGCUAUUUGUACACAGAUCAAAUUCCGCCCAUCUCAGCGGUUAAAUGCCUCAAUUUACUGGAAUUGGCCAACCGUUUGUGCCUGCCGCGCCUUAUCAAUCUGAUUGAGUGUCGCGUUAUUGAAGAUCUCACAAUUAUUUCACAAAACGAAACCAAUGAAACGGUCGAUCAUUGCCUAAAGUUACUGGAGCCAGUCAAGUUGCACAAUGCCCAUCAGUUGGCCGAAUGGUGUAUGUCGUAUCUGUGCGUCAAUUACAACGUUAUCUGUAAGUUCUCACUUAAGGGCUUGAAAGCACUGCAUCAGGAUAAUCAGGAGUAUUUACGCGAGCAUCGCUGGCCACCAGUUUGGUAUCUGAAGGAUUACGAUUACUAUCAACGCUGCAUCAAUGAGCUGAACAAGGAGCUAAAGCUAAAAAGCACUCGGCGAGAUUUCCCAAGCGAUGACGAAGGGUGCCUGUGCUUUUCCGGAGUGUUCUCUUGCUGGCUGCUAGGUAAAUCAAAGCGGAACGGUGUCGUCAGCGCCAGCGGGCCCAAUGGAGAGAGCAACGGAACAACGGCCGAGAAUCAAAUAUUCAACAGCUCGGCCAACUCAAUGAACCACAUCGACCUGGAGGCUGACAUCGAUCUGAAUCUCUGACACCCAGCCCUGGGACAGGGAAGGUCACUGCGAUUUAUUGUGAUUCUACCCGUCCUGAUUUGUUUCAUCUGUACAAUUUUAAGUAUUUUGAUACUUUUCCAAAUCCACACAUAACGAUCCCCGUGGACAACGGGUUGGUGGAGUCUGCUUUUGGUAUUUGAGCUCCGCACAGAAACACAUAAGCAUUCAUUCAAUUGCUUUUCUUAUAUGCUUCAAAUAUGCCUAACCAUAGUGCAAUCAAUAUACAUACGUAUAUGUACAUAUGUAGUAUGUACAUAUCGGGCCAGUAUGUACGUUUAUGUUUUAUUUAUGCGCACUUUAAAUGCAGAAAUAAUGAUUGAACUGUAUGAUAAACCAAAUCAUGUGUAUACUUAUAUUUAUGUAUUUAAAUUUUAAAUUCCAGUUUAGGGAAACAUUUGUCUAGCCAUAGCUUUUAAGCAACAUAAUAUGACCUAAGGACGCAUUUUGUACAAAAUGAUAUAGAGUAAAGCCAUUAUGAAUAUAAAACAUUUAGAAAACUA